CUUGCUGGGGAGGAGCUCUCCUUGGAGCGCGAGCCGGGAGUCCGGGGUCCCCCUGGCCGAGCCCCUGCAGGGGUCCUCGCUCUGUCCAGGCCGGGGCGCGGGGUCCCGGGGCGCACCGGCCCGGAGCAGGGGCGGCAGCAGGAGCGACCUCAGCUUCGCCCGGUUCUGCGCCGCCCGCUGGGCCCCGGUGGGCAGCGUAGGCAGGCUCAGCGGGGCGCUCCUGACACCCACCCCCAGCUCUGGGAGCGAGGACCCGCCCCACCACCCGUCGUCGCUCCCCGAGGCCCUCGAGCCCCGGGUGGCCCCCGCGCCAGAUACUCCCCGGAUUUGGGGCAGGGGCAAACUGGGCAGCAGCGGGUCUUUCCUUCGGCGAGCGCGGUCGCCGGGGAGCCCCUUGGGCGCCACCUGCUGGGUCCAGGGGUUGGGGGACGCCACCUGCUGCGUCCAGGGGUUGGGGUGACGCCGGGUCAUGUCUGGCCCUGCGCUCAGCUCGGGGCGUCCUCACGCCUCAGUGGGGGCGGGGGGUGCCGUGUAAAGUGCAGAGGAGGGCGUAGACCAGCCCCCAGGCCAUAGUGCCCAGAGCCGGGUCGUGUGGUUUGGGGGUAACGCCCCCGGUUCGCCAGGCAGUGAGCGGCUUCAGGCUAGAGCUCGCCUAGCCUCUGUUUCCUCACCUGCCAAAUGGUCACGUCAUUUGUGACCUCUCUGAGUUGCUGUGACGUCUAGGUGAGGGGGCGCGCUACUAUUAUCGAUGUUGUUAGCGUUUUAAACUGUUUGAAAUUCAGGAUUUAGUCUCAGUUCCGCUGCUUACUAGCUUCGCAACCUUGGACAGGCCAAUCGAUUACCUUUUCUUAGUGCCUUUAUCUGUAGAAUGGUGGUGACGGAGCACCUGCCCCCUUUGUGGCUCAGCACACGGGAGUGCUGCUGUCCUGUUCACGCUGUUAGCGCUCCACGGGGAAUUAGGAAACCACGGGGAAUUAGGCUUGAAAGGAGAGACCCGCCCAGCAGUUGCGAGGUCCUGCUGGGGCCCCAGGGCCCCUUGGGUGGAGAGCUUGCUGAAAAUGCGGAUGCCCCAGGUUCUAACUCAGUAGGUCUGGGGUGGGGCCAAGACACCUAUUUUUAACAAACUUCCCCUUUGGGAGACAGAGCUCCACGCCUGCCCCCAGCAUCUUGACACUGGGUUGGGGGUCGGCGGGGAGGUCUUGGAGCCUGGUUCCUCCCUAUCACACCCCACCCCCAGAUUAUUGUCAGCUCUGAGCUGGCUCCUGGUAUCACACUCACCCUAGUGGGGCUUCUGGGUGAGUCCUGAGGAGGUCCCUCGAGUUUGGAGCCCCCUAACUGGUGGGUUGGUCCUUGAGAGAGCCCAUCUUCCCGGCCUGGUCCAUCUGCUGGACCCUCCCUGCUCUCCCUCCAGGCCUCCCUCCUGGGCCUCUUCAGGGUCAUUGUGAUCCACCCCUCACCCAAGGCCAUGUGAGGAGCGGUGGUCUCUCAGGCCUAGAGACAGAGGGUGGGGGUUUGUGCCCAGAAAGCCAAAGCUGCCCGCACAAGGGGGUGGUGGGACUCCUGAGCAGGGCAGCCGGGCCCAAGCCAGCGGUGGAAACGCCAGGGUUCUGCUACCCUCUCUGGAUUUGGGAGGCCCAGCACACUGCAGGCACAGGGCUGAAGGCUCCACCGGCAAUAUCCUACAAAUUUAACACUCAGAGCAUUGGGAAGUGAGUAAGCACGCCAGUCUGGAAGAAGAGGACUCCUUGGAGAGGGUCACAAGUCCUACCACGUGCAAACCCAUCAUAUUUCCAUCAAGAUUGCUUUCAGGAGGCACUGCUGCUGAGUUUGGUGCCUGAGCUGAGUCGGUUGGUGACAGCAUGACGAGUGAGGUGAUCGAAGAUGAGAAACAGUUCUAUUCGAAGGCUAAGACGUACUGGAAGGAAGUCCCGCCCACCGUGGACGGCAUGCUCGGGGGGUAUGGCCACAUCUCCAGCAUCGACAUCAGCAGCUCCCGGAAGUUCCUGCAGAGGUUUUUGAGGGAAGGCCCAAACAAGACGGGGACCUCCUGUGCCUUGGACUGCGGGGCCGGCAUAGGCCGGAUCACCAAGCGGCUGCUCCUGCCGCUCUUUGGAGUGGUGGAUAUGGUGGACGUGACCGAAGACUUUCUGAUUAAAGCCAAGACCUACCUGGGGGAGGAGGGCAAGAGGGUGAGGAACUACUUCUGCUGCGGCCUCCAGGACUUCAGCCCCGAGCCUAACUCCUACGAUGUCAUCUGGAUCCAGUGGGUGAUAGUACCUGUUAUAGGACGCAUUUGGGGGCAGUUUUGUGUUGAAAAAACGUCAAUGAGCAAGAACUUAGGCACACUGAAGAAAGUGGGAAUGAGUUUUUGUCACCUGACUGAUCAGCACCUGGCCGAGUUCCUGCGGCGCUGCAAGCAGGGCCUGCGCCCCAACGGCAUCAUUGUCAUCAAAGACAACAUGGCCCAGGAGGGCGUGAUCCUGGAUGACGUGGACAGCAGCGUGUGCCGGGGCCUCGAGGUGGUCCACAGGAUCAUCCGCAGCGCGGGCCUCAGCCUGCUAGCCCAGGAGCGCCAGGAGAACCUUCCCGACGAGAUCUAUCACGUGUACAGCUUAGCCCUGAGAUGAGCAGGGACCGGCAGGAGUAAGGGACCGGCGCCGCGCAGGGUGGGGGGCUGGCAGCGGGGCAAGACCCGGAGGCUCCAUGACGAUGGCUCGGGGACGCGGAGCAAGACCUCGAAAUACACCUGUCUGCCGCCGCUCACUGGACUCUUUUUCAGAAGGCCUGACGGGGACCCAGCGGGGAAGGGUGUGGCCCACACGGAGCGGAGAGGCUGGAGCCCGGCUCUGCUGCCCUGGCAGGCAGGGACCGCGGUACAGACCCGUGUGACUCCAGGGCCCCUGGCGAGUCCCCGGAUGCCCCUUACCACCACCUGGCCUUCCGGCCCCAGGCCUGGGUGCCUUAAGAGAAUUCUUGGCCGUUGAGGACUUUUUCCUGGGGGGGGGGGGGGGGGGGCGAGGGAGAGGGGCUGGGCAGCGGAGCCGCGGCCGGCCAUCUGCACCCUCCCUGCCUGAGCCUUUGCGGUGCCUCCUGCAGCCGCUGGGACGUUCACGUUCUAAGUUCUGUUUGGCGAUUGAGCCCUGGUGUCCCUAACGUGAGCGUCACAACAGCCUACGGCAAGGGAGUCCGUAGCCUCACUCUGGGCUGUGCCUCGCGGCUUCUCGGUGAACGUUCGCCAAAGUCACAAAAUAAAAGGGUGAAUCCCGUAUUGGAAAGGUCCUA